AUGAAGACUCCAAAAAGUGGAAGAAAGGCUAUAUUUUCUCAAGAACAAGAAGUUGAACUAGUGGAUCAUAUUUUGAAAUGCAGUAAACAAUUUUAUGGUUUGACUAUUGAGAUGGUCCGCAAAAUAGCCUUCAAAUUUGCCGAAGUAAAUAAUUUAAAGCACAAUUUUGACAAAAAAACCCAAAUGGCAGGUAAGGACUGGUUCUACGCGUUCAAGAAAAGGAAUCCUAAUAUUUCACUUCGUAGACCUGAGUCUACUUCCAUUAAUAGAAUCACUGCCUUUAACGAAACAGAAGUGAAAAUGUUUUUCAAUAACUUGGAAUCACUGCAAACAAAAUAUCAAUUUGAUGCCAAUCGCAUAUAUAAUGUUGAUGAAACCGGCAUUUCUAACGUGCAGAGAAAUUCCAGGAUACUAGCUCCAAAAGGCCAAAAGCAAGUCGGUAUGAUAUCUAGUGGUGAAAAAGGAACUACAAUAACAGUUGUUUGCGCAUUCAGUGCCUCAGGGAAUUAUAUUCCUCCGUUUUUCAUUUUUAAGAGGAAAAGAAUGAAUGCUCAAUUGUUGCGUGGAGGCAAUUCUGGUAUGAUAGCAGCAGUUAGCGAUUCGGGUUGGAUAAAUGAAAACCUCUUUGUUGAUUGGUUACAUCAUUUUAUCUCAAAUGCAAAGCCAUCUGUUGAAAAACCAAUUCUACUUGUUUUAGAUAACCACGAAAGUCACGUUAGCCUUGCUUGCUAUCUGCUUUGUCGCAAGAAUGGAAUAAUACUGUUAUCUCUUCCACCGCAUACGUCACAUCGAAUGCAACCUCUGGAUUUAACAUACUUUGGACCCCUCAAGACUGCAUAUAACCGCGAAUGUGAUUUAUACAUGGCAUCCAACGUAGGCCAAAGGAUUACUCAGUACGAAGUCGUUGAACUUUUCACUAAAGCCUUCAAUCGGAUCAGCAAUAUUGAGAAAGCAGCAAGUGGGUUCCGGGCAGCUGGUAUUUGGCCAUUAGAUACAACAAAAUUUGAUGAAGAUUUCAUAGAAGCGACAUUGCCUGAGACUCAUUCAAUAUCCUCGUCAAAUGUUCAACCACCAGAGGAUGAGGAAACACAAUUAUCAAAAGAGAAAAGACUUAUAACACCUGAAGCUCAGUUGAUAAAGCCAUUCAGCCAAGUAUCUCAGUUGGACGAAUCAAUUCCACUUCAGGAAAUUGUAACUGUUCCCCAAAUAUCACAACUCAAAACAAGACAUACUUCUAGAAAGAGGCAUUCAAUUAUAAUAACCAGCACCCCCAUGAAAGAUGCUUUAGAAGAAAAAGAACAAAAAAGAAAGAAAAAACAGCAUAUUAAAGUCAAUGAAAAGAUUAACAGUAAAAAUAGAAGUAAUAAAUGCGUGAAGAAUCUGAAAGCAUUUUAA